AUGAUAGAGAUCAAAAAAAUUAUUAAGUCAACCUCUGUAGAUACUACAAAUAAGACAACUUAGAAUAAAAUCAAUAAUUCAACUAAGUCAAAUAAUAAUUAAGAAGUACAAAAGGAUUUCUAAAAAUUACAAGCUAUUCUUGAAUCAAAACCUAAAAUUGAAAAAACCUCAAAAUCCAAUACUCUUAUUAAGAGUUAGUAACAAAACCUUAUUGAAUUAAAAACAAAAGAGCAUAAUGGAAAUAAACAAAAUAAUAAUGUGAUAACCUAGAAACAUGAUGAAUUGAAAAAGUAAACUAAAGAGCUUGUAGUUAAACAAAAAGAUAAUGAAAAACACAAAUAAAAAUAAGAGAUAACUAAAUUUGAAAAUAUUAAGAAACAAAUUAAACCUAAUUCUCAAUAAUUACCUAAAUAGAAAGAAGAGAAGGAAUCUUCUUAUUAACCAUUAAAAAUACAUAAGCCUGUGAUUAAAGAAAAGGUUAUUUCGAAAGAUGAUGAUGAAUUAAAUGAGGAUAGAAAUUAGAUCAUAAUCUAAAAAAAAAAUCAAUAACAUACAGAAAAAUAAAAUUAGACAUAGAAACCUAAUAUAGAUGUAUUAAAAUAAGGAUUGCCUUAAAUUUCAGGAUCAUAGAAUUAGUAAACAGACAAAUAAUUACCGAAGAAAGUUCUUGGUGAUCAAAAGUUAAUGUAAUUAUUAUUAAAUGCAUCUAAAACUAAUACUAAGAAGAAGAGUAAAAAUAAAGAUAAGAAAGAUUAAGGAAAUUUAAAGGAUUCUAAGAAUUAAAAUCAAUAAAUAAAUUAAUCUGUUAAAAAGGAUAAAAUCAAAGAAUUAUAGAAUUAAAAAACUAAACCUUUUUCAAUUAAACCAUAAAUCAAAGAUUUAAGUAUUUUAAAAAAUAAAAAACAAAAGAAUUAAGUUAACGAUGAUUAUGACUUAAAUGAUUCUUUUAUUAAUGAUUCAGAAAGUGUAGAUGUAGAAAUAGAUCCUAAUGAAAUAGUUAGUGAAUUAAAAAAAUUACAAAGGUAUUUUUUGAGUUUAAGAGUGUAGAAAAAAAGAAGGAAGAAAGUAAUAUGAUUUUGAUGAUGAUAUUGAAGAGGCAGGUUUCGAUAUUAUGUAGAAAGAAGAAAAGAAAUCUAGAGUCUUAGGAAUAAUAGAUGAUUAUAAAGAAGAAAAGUAUAUAAAGAAGGAGAUAAAAAAAGAAAAGAAAUAAAAGAAAAAGUUAUUGGAAAUGAAAACUAAAUAAGAUAAAUAAUAAGACUGA